AUGAUCGACAAACAGCGAGGUUGGCAUGAAAUGUUGCCAUAUGCUUUGCUAGGUUAUCAAACAACGGUCAGAACAUCGACUGGGUCUACUCCAUACUUGCUAGUAUAUGGAACAGAAGAAGUCAUUCCUGUUGAAGUCGAGAUACCGUCGUUGAGGAUCAUCCAAGAAACUGAAUUAAGUAAUGCCGAAUGGAUUAGUAAACGGAUUCAUCAACUAGCUUUGAUUGAUGAGAAGAGAAUGGUCACCGUUUGCCAUGACGAAUACAAAGGAAAGUUUGCGCCAAACUGGAAGGGUCCUUACAUGGUUCGUAAAGUAUUAUCUGGAGGUGCGUUGGUCCUAUCAGAGAUGGAUGGCGCUGUAUGGCCCAAACCUAUCAACUCAGAUGCUGUCAAGAGAUAUUAUGCGUGA